UCUGCACUCUGCAGGUCGGUCAGUCUCGCGCGGUCCCCCGUCAAGUGAAGUUCUGUCACAGCACCGACAAACUGCGACAUGCCGGCUGACUCCGAACUCAGCACGCUGCUCAGCAGACGCCAGGCCAUCAACGAGGCUCUCGGGGAGGGUCGAGAGGUCCAGCCACAGUUCAAGAACGUCAACAGGAGCGUCUACGCAGAGUUCCACGAGUUCUCGCGGCGGCAAAUCAAGGAAUACGAGUUCACGUUUAAUAAGUACGAUGAAGGCAGAGAUGGAUAUCUGGAUCUACAGGAGCUGAAGAGGAUGAUGGAGAAGCUAGGAGCACCCCAGACCCACCUAGGACUGAAGGCCAUGAUCAAGGAAGUCGAUGAAGAUGAUGACAACAGGAUUAGCUUCAGAGAAUUCCUGCUGAUAUUCCGCAAAGCGAAGGCAGGAGAGCUGGUGGAGGAGAGUGGACUCAGCAAACUGGCACAACUCACUGAAAUCUCCGUGGAGGAGGUGGGGGUCGGUGGCGCCAAGAAUUUCUUUGAAGCAAAGAUCGAAGAACUCCGCAGAGGCAGCAAGUUUGAGGACGAGAUCAAACAAGAACAGGAGGAGAGGCGAAGACAGGAGGAGGAGAAGGCCCAGCGAAGGAUAGCUUUCAAGGAGAAGGCUGCGUUAUUUCAGAACGGCAACUAGAAUUAUCACCUGCUAGGGUCAAUGUUGAUGUUGAUGUAAUUCUGUGAGAUGUUACCUGUAAGGCUAAUAUGGCCUAGUCUGUCAUAGCAAACUGGAAGCACAUCCUUUGUCAGUAAUAUCAGAGAACAUUUUAGCUUCUUCAGUGUAACUUUAAAACACCCAGAUUUUUUGAUUAGACUAUGAUGGUUGAUCAGCUAAAGAAAAUAAUGUUUUAUCAAUGAAUAUGUCACUAGUUUUAAAGAUGCAUACUGCAAAUGUAAAAUUUACAGAUCUAUAUUUAAAAAUGCUUAUUUAUUACUUUCAAAGUUGGCUGUGCUUACUAAAGUAGCUUGUCAUUUCCAAAUGAAGGGUAAGUUUAAGAACAAUUCUAUAUUUAUUCAAACUGAGUUUUUCAAUGCAAUAACUACUUCUAUAAAUAGGUACCGUAAUACUAAGUAUCGCUAUACUCUUUCUUAACAAAAGAUGCUUAUCAGUUGGGUGGGGAGCUCAUUAAAGACCAUAAUUAGUUGGCUAUAGCUACUGAAAUUGCGUGAACUAAUUUUGGCUUAAUGAAAUAUUUAAAAAAAUGUUGUAUUCUUACAUCACACCAAUACACUGGCUUCAGUUUCAAUAUAUUGUAACAGGAUGAAAACAUGCGAUGGCAGCUGUUUCUACCCAAUUUAUCCAUACUGGUCAGUUCUGCAAGCAUCUACAAAUAGGUGUAGAUAUGUAAAAUAGCAGAGAAGUAAGUUGUAAAAUAAGUAUUGAAAACCUUCAGUAAUAAAUGUGAAGAUAGUUUUAAUGUAAAAUAAAAGGAAAUGUGAAAGCAUUUUGUAACUGAUGGACCAAAUCGAAACUGGAAGACUUUUCGAUGAAGAUUUGAAGUAAUAUGGAUAUGUUCGUUUUUAAGAGUAAUUACUGCAAAACAUCAUUGUGUACGUUACCUCGAACCUAAUUUAGAUAAUGAAUACCAUUUAAAAAUUGUUUAAUAAUUAGAAUACUAAAAAUAACUUUUUGAAUUGGGUGUUAAAUGCUUAUAAUAUAACCCACGGUGAUAAUAAAAGACUACCAACAAAUUCGAAUGUAUCUAAGUGUACACGUUCAAUAUCUAGUUUAGGUUCAGAGUGUACGGUAUAUUUGUUGACUGAUGCUGGACACAAAGUUAGAAUAUUUCCAUCAUUUUUUGUAUUGUUUGUGUUGUUAGUUGUAGCAGUUUUAUUUUUUUAAUAGCUGAACAAAGCAUGCUUCAUGCAAAUACUAUUCCUACUGUUUUUAAUAAAGCUGUAUUAGGCAGAACUAUUGUGUUGUAUAUAUUUUGUAAUAAAUGUUUGAAAAUUUUUGUAAUGUUUUAGAAAUAAACAUUUAGUGUUAUUCUUAUA